AUGACGAUUAAGCGAAAAUCUUCGCCUCCAGUUUAUGAAAAACUUACAAAGGACUGUAGAAUAUUCAAACAUAGGAGGAAGUACAUUACCAGUUACCUAACUCAGGAAGAACGAGAGUUCCCCAUAGCCUACAGUAUGGUGGUAUACAAAGACCUAGAACAAGUGGAAAGACUCCUAAGGGCUAUCUACAGACCCCAAAAUCACUAUUGUAUACACGUGGACUUGAAAGUUAAAACUAAUUUUCGGGAGACAUUGUCCAAAAUUACAGACUGUUUCGAAAACGUCUUCAUCACAAAGAAAUCAAUAGAUGUCCGAUGGGGGAAAUUCUCUGUACUAGAGCCUGAACUUGUAUGCAUGAGUGAAUUGUGGAAAUACAAAAAUUGGAAAUACUUUAUCAAUCUGACUGGACAGGAUUUUCCUCUCAGAACUAACGCAGAACUCGUCAAAAUCCUCAAAUUCUUCAAUGGCUCUAACGAUGUCAAUGUAGCCGAUAAAAGUGCUAAAAAUACGCGAUGGUCAAACGCGGGGGACGCUCCCGCUGGUAUCCGACCAGUGAAAGGAUCACUCCAUGUCGCCGUUAACAGGCAUUUUGUGGAUUAUGUCCUCCAUAAUGACACAGCGAAGAAACUACUGGACUGGUGUAAGAAAACAGAAAUUCCAGACGAGACGUUUUUUGUAUCACUUCAUUAUAACAAACAUCUCGGCAUCCAAGGAUCUUCUACAGGAGAGACAAGGAUGUACCGGACAAGAUUUAAGACUUGGGCUGGGAGUUAUUUGCCUUGCAAAGGAAAACACGUACGAAAUAUUUGUAUAUAUGGCGUUGGCGACCUACCUUUGCUGAAGACGAGACCAGAACUAUUUGUCAACAAAUUCCACCUGGACUUCGAGCCUUUUGUACUGGACUGUAUGGAGGAGAUGAUUUAUAACAGAACAAGGGAUGGAUACCUCCAAAGUUUAACCUUUAAUACGACAACGUAUAAUGUAAAUUAAUAUAAUCUAUAUGACAUUUUGCACAUGUUUGACUUUAUCUAGACUAGUCGAACAAUAAGAGGGUUUCUGUGGUCACUCCUGAUAUGUGCCGACGUCGGUGUUGGUGUUGAAAGGCGAAUCAUUUCUGUUGUUAUUUCUUUAUAGGACCUUACUUUAUCGUACGUUAAUCUUCGACCUUCCACGGUGGCGGGUUUGUUCCUCGAAGUCGUCGUACGCAUGGAAUAUUCAGAGGAAAUGUUUUUUCUCCUGCCCAAACGACCCAGGUGGAGUAUAAAAUGGUCUUGGGUGGAUGUUGUUGUUGUAUCUGUAAAUAACUAUAAAUGACGUUGGGAGCACGGUCCCACUACAAACAGAACACAAUACAUCAUCUCCAGCUCACGCGCAGGCA